CUCGUCCUUUGGCCGCCACCGCCACCAGCAGCGCCUGUGGUGCGGAGCCUUCGAGAGCCGGCGCUCAUGCGCACUGGCGGCGGGGCUCGCGCGCUGUCCUCUGCUGCUCCGCUUGUGCUCCUCCUCUUGCUGCUGCUGCUGCUGGCGUUGGCGCGGCGGCUUUUAUUGCUGCUGGCGUGUGUGUGUGUUUCCCGCUCCUCGUUCUCUCCUCACGAGCAAAGGCUGCUUGCUUUCCUCCUGCGCUCUCUGCCCCUGAGAAACCUUCUUUUUUUUCUGGCGGGGGCGGGGUGGAGGGGGGCUGAGACGUUGUGUUUGGACAACAGUCCUGUCCCUCUCAGCCCUCUCCUCUCCUGUUCAAUGGGCUAAGCCGGGGCGAGGAGGGAAGGGAGCGGGCUUGGGCGACGAGCUGUCAGGACGCGGCUCCGGCCAGGCUCGAGGUUCUCGAGGCUUGCGGGCUUUUUGGAACCGCGGGCUCCGCCGCUUUGGCGCUGCAGUGCCGGCAGCCGCCUCUGGGGGCGUGGUGCCUGCGGCUGAAAGGACGCCCCCUCUCCGCCGGCGGGGAGCUUCGGGUCGGCCGCUGCCCGGGUAGCCGCCGGGGUCGCUGGUGGAGACAUAAUUUGGAGUUAUAGAUCACUUCAACGUCAGAACGACUACAGAGGCCCCAAGUGCAUAUGUUUUGCUUCCUCAUUGAAAUUGCAUGACCACAUCUGUGAGAAGUGACAGCAAAUUGAGGUCUCCUAACACUCACUCAUCAAUUUCCAUUGAAUGGGCUCAGUACGUCUUAUGAAGAAACUCUUCAGUGCAGACACAAAUGUCUCAUGGGGAUUAAUCACCACAACCCCUGAUAUCAUCUUCUUUUUACAUCAUGGGUCCAGACAGUAAUUUCUUAAGCACAGGUUUGCUUCAUAUCAUCGUAUGGGGAGGCUUGGCAGCCAUGACAAUGCUUCUCGUCCUCAGUUUCCUUCUUUUCCUGUGCUCUAGCUGUGACAGGGAGAAGAGACCCAAGCACCAGAAUGGAGACCAUGAAAAUCUGAUGAAUGUGCCCUCUGAUAAGGAGGCAUUUAGCCACUCUGUCACAAGUCUGACCACAGAUCCACUUGCCAGCAGUGAACAAAAUGGUGGACUCAGCAAUGGUGAUGUUCUAUCAGAAGAUAGCACAACUGCUUGCAUCCAGCCUUAUGAAGAAGUGCAGACCUCUGUUACAGAUCUGUUGGAACCACAGGAUAGUCUAGGAAGGUCUUUAAAAUGUCACCAAAGCCGAGAACUUCCCAGAAUCCCUCCAAAUAGUGCCAUAGAAACUAUUCUAUCUACAAGAAAUACAGAAAAUGACCAGAGUCUGGCCACAGAGGGACCUUAUGAAGUGCUGAAAGACAGCUCCUCGCAGGAAAACAUAGUUGAGGACUGCUUGUAUGAAACUGUGAAGGAAAUUAAGGAUCCAGGAACAACAACCAAUACAGAGAAGAGCAAAUCAAAAGCUAUAGUGAUUGUUAAUGGGAGUCUAAAUCAUGUUCUUGAGCGCAAGAUGGAAUCGGCUGAAUAUGCCUCUGUAGACAGAAAUAAAAAAAGCCGUCAGAGUGCUAAUUCAGAGAGUCCUCUAAGCAGCACUCCUGACGUGGAAGAUGAAGCUCCUCCUCCAGUACCCAUGAAACUCCUUGAUGAAAAUGAGAAUGAGCAGGAAAAAGCAGUCAAAGAAGAGGAAGAGGUGAUGGAAGGGCCUAGCGAGCCUGACAAGAGGCUUAGUUCAUUGUCUUACAAAUCACGAGAAGAUGAUCCAUCUCUUACAGAAGAAGAGAUUUCAGCAAUGUACUCUUCUGUAAACAAACCAGGGCAGGCCAACAGAAACCUGGAAUCUACAUAUACCUGUAUCCCAGAAAUUGUACCUCCAAAAUCACCAUCCAUUUGCAGUGGCCUCUAUGCCAGUGUGAAGGACUUGGAAAAUAUCCCAAACUGUACCACUAUGCCUCAGUCAUCAGAGAGACUAAAUGGGGAGUUAGAGCCAGACUACGAAGCAAUACAGACUUUAAAUCGUGAAGAAGACAGAAACGGUUUGGUUCUGAAUAGCAGCCAGUCACUCCUCUCCCAAGAGAACGACUAUGAAAGUAUUGGAGACUUGCAGCAAAACAAGGAUAUCACAAGGCUUUAACUAUGUCAGACACACAUUUAUGAGUUAUGAUAACUGAUCUACUGGCACACAUUUCAAGAUACCCAAGUUGGAUUCACUUUGCAUCUUGAUCACUUUCAAGCUUGGCUCAUAGAUGAAUGUGUGAAAUUGUGUCCAAUUUCACAAGCAUUUCAUUUGCCAUGAGGGCAGGAUAUGAAAGCUCAGCCUGGGAUAUUUGAUCACUGGUGGCUGUUGAACACAUGCAGGUCAACUUGUAUAUCUGGUCUUGCUCUGGGAAUUGGAAAAGGGGCUGUUACUCUUUCUGAAGAACAGAGAAGGGCCACGGGGAAGAAGAAAUAAGCUUUUGGGGGAAAAUAUUUGUAUGUUUUGCCAAAAUGUGCAGUAUUACUUGCCUGCUCAUGUGGAUGGUGGUGACCACAAUAAGAGACAGAUAAAAAAAUCCAGGUGGAAGGUACUAAAAAGACCUCAAUGUUUGGUGAAAAGUGCCAUGGUUUGUCACUUAAUUUAUAGAGUGUGUGUGUGAAAAGAAAAUGAGAGAUAUAUCCAAAUACACAUUGCCAUUAAAAAUCCAGGCUUCAAUUUACAUUAAAAUACUAUUUUGUCAUGUAUUUCAAACAUUUUAUGACAGUGUACUGUACUAGCACCCUGUAGACUAUUUUAGGAUGUUUUCAUACAUGCCUCACACCGUAUGUUUGUGGUGUUUGGUACGCACAGCACAAUAUUACCUAUUCACAUAUAAGAGCAAAGUGCUAGUUUGCAGUAACAUAUUAUACACAAUCACAGGGAUUUUGGGUCUCCAUUUCUGAGAAAUUACAACCUAUGUGUUUGGAAGUAGCUUGCAGUCUCAUUUGGUCUAUUGUGGUCUUACAGCAAGGGUGGACAGUUUUGGUAGCUCCAGGGGCCAGUUUUCUAUACUUCUAGGGAGCCACAUAGAUGGCAAAAAAUGCUGAGAAAUACCAAAAAGCAAUCCUAUGGGUGGCAAGUGACCACUUCCAGUUUUUUAAAAAUGUGAACUUUCCCUCUUAAAUGGUACAAGGGGCUCCUGUCAUUUAAAGAGUGGGUCACUGCUCUAGCAGGCUUCUGAAAGCUCAGUUCACCCAUUUUUGCUGGAAAAGUAAGGGACCAAGAGAGAGAACUGAAAGCCCCCCCCCCAAAAAAAACCCUCUUGGAGCAGUCCUGCAUUCCUGAUCUACAGAAUACUAUCAUUUCCAAACGUUCUAAGGCCACAAAACUUGAAUUAAUAUUGUAAAAUGCAUUGUAAUAAUAUCCCACAUAGCAUUAUCCUAUAAACUGUAUGCAUUUAGAUCUUCCAUUUUCUUAUUGGAGAUAAAACCUUGAUGCUUGAAAUGUUUAGGAUUUAAUGAACACAAUGCUACCUUUGUUCCCCAAUGACUUAAAUUUUUUAUUAGAUUAUGUUACCUCUUCAAACAGGCUGCAAGAUUUUGCAUCAGAUGUACUUCCUACACAGGCAGGUACUUAAUGCAUGUUUAAAAAAAUAUCUUCUUGUAUCAAGUGCUAAAUAAAAUACUAGUGGUACUAUAGAAUUCAGAAUUGAUGAGGUGUGCAGGCCUGGAGUGACAGCAAAGUAUUCAGGAUACUGAAGUUUAAAGCAGGCUAUAAACAUUAUUUAAUUAAACUGAGAAUCCGUUCACAUGAGGUGGGGCAGGGGCAGCUCCUAACAGACUCAGAGGAUGCUUUCAGUAAUCUGUGCAGGGGAAAUGUUGUCAUGAGAAAACGUGCUUUCUAGUCAUGAAUCUAAGCACCUGUGAACAAAUGGAGGUCAAGUUUUAAACUAUCACAUCUUACCUUUUGAUCUUUUUCACAUCCUCUUCCCUAACACAGGUAUCUAAUUACAGUUGCAACCUGGUUUAUAUAUUGUAUAUAUGGCAUCUUGUCCCAGUCUUCGUUUAUCUGAUUCACAGCAUUUAGAAAGGAUGUAGCUUCUAAGGGCUUCCUGCAUGUACAGUGGUUUUUGGUGGGUUUUUUUUUUUUUGGUAGUAUUAACUAGUAGAAUAUGUAAAUGACAGGGGACUUCCACACAUUCAGCAGCACGUAUGCAUGCUUUAAGGAGCCGCAACAGGAAGAGGUGUGAAGUAGCUCUAGGUAUUUAUUUAGGGUUACUCUGCAAACUUUAGAAAGACUGAAAGAUUAUACACAUCCAUUCUCUGGAUGAUUUAAAAUUUCUAAAUCUGAUACAAGUUUCCAGAAAACAUGUUGCCGCUGAAAUGCAGCCUUGUCCUAAACACCCACUCAAGCUGGUGUGUGAACACCAGUGAUAACACCAACUGCCAUGUGAUAGUUGGUUGCUUUAAAUAAGCUGUCAUAUGAACUGAGUGCUUAUCAACUAAUGCAGCUUGCCACGUACAUUUACUGUCACUGUUAUAAAUGGAGACUUUCUGCACAUUACAGCCUCCAUUUAAAGGCCAAUCCAAAUGGCCUUCCUCCAGAGCUUUGGAAAGUUACUUUUUGGAUUACAGUUCCUGAAUCCCUCAGCCAGCAACAACAACAUGUUGCAAGUGGUGCCAUCAGCUGGCUGAUGCUCUAUGCAGCUGUGAUAAUGCCCAAGGCAUCAUCCCCAUUUCAUGGCAAGCAUCCAUACUACUACCAGAUACGCUUGGUAUCAACUUCAGUGGCAUGUCCCUCAGUGUCCCCAUCUUGAUGACCCAUGGACUCAAAUAUCUUAAAUAUAUUAUAAUCACCAUGUAGGGAAACUUGUCUCCCUCCAAAUUCAUAGCAUGUAAAUUGGUGGUUGUACUGUAGACUUGAAGUAGUGGCACUUGGCACUUAGUGAGGGACAGUGAUCUCAGUAGCAUCAAUAUCACAGUUUUCGUGGCAAAUAUAUGGGAUAUAUUUAGGAGGUAGAAAGCAUAUUCCUUUCAUACACAUAGGGUGUAUCAGAGUCCUUUAUUAUCAGGUGCCAUUUUUUAAAAAAAUAAGCACUGAUAAUAGACUAAUCUGAAAUGAAUGAUUUGCUGAUGUUGGAUUAUCUAUUUAAAGGGCCAGUUCACAGAAAAGCCACACAAACUAUGUAUUUCCAUGUGGGUGAGCAAGGAUGAUCCAAAACGUUUUGCUGCCUGAGGUGGCAGCAUAUGGCACCCUCCAUCCUUAAAUCAAAGUGCAUAAUAUGUAAAACCAGUCAAUUUAUUUGGGCACCUGGGACAGAAAAUUUCUGACUUCCUUUAUGGCAGUUAAACACAAGAAUAAUCUUUCAAACAAUUAACAAUUUGUUGCCCUUCAUGACACAUAAAAUCUGCCAUGUGAGACAGCUGCUUCAUUCUGUAGUAAUAACAGGUCUUCCCCUGCCUGCUUGUACAUUCAGACAGCACAAGAAAAGGCGUGCCAUAUAUGCUAAUUUAUACAUGUGAAGUUGGAAGGUUCUAGGGCACGGUCAGUGCCCUCCAUUGUAUGGAGCACAGAUGGGUGGGCAAGCAUUUCUGCUACAGCUGUUAAUUAUUGGGGCCCAGUUGCUCCUCAGGCAGCCCUAGUCAAUAUGGUCAACAGUUACAUUUUCUUUCCACUCAGUUGAGGGGGCCGUGGUUGUGUGUACCACCCUUUUGAAUAAAUACCUUCUUACUAUUAUACAAACUAUUAUCAGGAUUCAUGCUGAUAAUAGUUUGUUAUCUUUUGUUACGGGUAGGCAUUUGCCCUUGGCAGCUAAGUUUGUGUUGGUCAUCAUAUUCCUCAGGGCAUAAAACACUGUGCCUUUAGAAAUCCACCUUACAUGGCAUUUUCUCGACAGCAAGAGUUCCUUCAUUACAUUAUAUGUGGUGCUUUCUCUUAAAUGUUAUUAAUAAUGGUGCUUUUUAAAAUAUCCUGAAAGCUAUUGGUCUCUGUAUAUAUUCCUGAGAGCUAAGCUGUACUUUUCAUUAAAAGGAACAUCUAUAUGUGCUGCAUAGCUUGAAAUCACAUCUGCUCAGGACUAUCAUGCAGCUCGGGCGUCAAAUAAGACAGAUGUUUUGUGCUGAAAAAGACAACUUGAAUCUCUCUACUAUAUGCUGAGUGUACUUCGUCUGUGUUCAGAGAUGUGUUAUUCAAUAUUCUGUAUACAUAUCAAUCAAAAGCAGUAAAGUUUUCUGCAAAGGAAAAGUUGAAUCAAGCCACAUACCUAAUCCUAGGAAAUACAGACUUUGAUCUUGA